AUGGCCCAAGAGCACAUACCUCAUGUCACAGAAACAAUACUCCGAUUCACAUUCACGAAGAGCCCGGUAACCCAGCAGCAGCAGCAAAGCCGGCAUCCCGCCGCUGCCCGGGCUGGCUGCAGGCGAGAGCCGCGCAAUGCCUCCCGGCGCUCCAGCGGGAGCUCCGCGCCCGUGGCAGGACCGGGCACAGCCCCCCGCGGCAAACCUGCGCUCCGGGGCUGCGGAACCCCGGGGGCCGCCGCGCCGCCCCAGCCCAGCCCAGCGGAAUGCCCGCUCCCGCCGCUGCAGCCUGGCGGGCGCCGCGGUGAGGACGCGGAGACGGGAGAAAGAAGGCAGCGAGCGGCGGGCCAGGGGCCGCCCGGGGCUCACCGGAGCAGAGCUGGCGGCGCCUCCUCCUCGUCGUGCUGUGCCGCCGGCGGUCCCUCAGCGCCGCGCCAUGUAACCCGGCGUGCCGCCGCCCGGCUCCGCGCGGACUUUCCCCCUCCUUCCCGCCCGCCCCACCGGCGAGGGCACCCGCCCGGCCCCGGCCUGCGCAGCCUCCGCCCCUGCCCCCGGCCCGCCGCACUUCCUGCUGGAAAUUCCCGCUGA